AUGCCCAUUUCUAAAUCCGCUCCCAUCGCCAUCAUUGGCGCAGGCGUCUUCGGCCUCUCCACUGCCCUUCAACUUGCCAGUGAUGGAUAUACGAAUAUCACUGUUUUUGAAAAAGAUGACCAGAUCCCGCCUCGCUCGUCGGCCGGUUUUGAUCUUAAUAAGAUCGUGAGGGCUGAGUAUGAGGAUCCGUGGUAUACUGAAAAUGCUAACACUGCGCAGAAAGCAAUCGAAGCGUGGAAAACCCCCCUCUACGCACCCCACUACCACCAAACCGGAUUCCUACACCUAGUCUCCGGCUCCGCUCCCCAGAAAGCAGUCGAUACUCUAACGCGCUUCCUCGCGACAGUCCGCGACCAUCCCAAAUACAAGGGCCAGAUCCAGGAUAUUACUACCCGCGAGGACAUCCGCAACAUAGCCUGGCAAUACGACGGCCAAUUCCCCGGCUGGAAAGGCUACUUCAACCGCCAAGCGGGCUAUGCCCAUGCAUCUAAUGCUUUGCUCGCGGUAUAUAAGGCUGCCGCAGCCAACGGCGUCAAAUUCAUCCUCGGCAAGGACCGCGGCUGGAUAACCGAACUAAUCCACUCCCCCAACAGCAAAAAGAUAACAGCCCUCCGCACCCACUCCGGCACCACAAUCCCAACAACCCUCACAAUCGUCGCCACCGGCGCCGCAGCAGCAACCCUCAUCCCCACCGCAGCAUCCCAAAUCGUCGCGAAAUCCUGGUCCCUAGCACACAUCCACCUAACCGACGACGAAACCUCCGCCCUGCGCAACAUUCCCGUAACCUAUGCCCGCGACCUGGGCUUUUUCUUCGAACCGGACCCAGUCACCAACUGGCUUAAGAUCUGCCCCAUGGGCGGGGGGUAUGUCAACACCGAUCCCGUAUCUGGACGAUCAUUGCCGCCCAAGACACUUGCGGAGAGCGAUGUUUUGCCGGUUGAGGAUGAGGGGCGGAUUCGGCGGUUGUUGAGGGAGGCGUUGCCGGGGUUUGAGGGGAGGGAGCUUGUGGGGAAGAAGUUGUGCUGGUUUGCGGAUACGAGGGAUUCGGAGUUUGUGGUUGAUUAUGUGCCUGGGAUGGAGGGGUCUGUUGUGAUGUUGUCGGGGGAUUCGGGGCAUUUGUUUAAGAUGUUGCCGAUUGCGGGGGGGUGGGUGAAGGGGUUGGUGGAGGAGGGGGGGCAGGGGGUUGCUAGGUGGCAGUGGAAGGAGGGGAAGGGGCAGGAUGAUGGGAAGGGGGAUGUUAGUUGGCGGCUUGGGGAAACGAGGGAGUUUGCGGAUAUUAAGAAGUUGUCUAAGUUGUGA